AUGCGUACUGAUGCGGCAGGGCAAAGUAGUUGCUUACGCUUCACAUCAGCUAAAGAACAUGGACAAAAUUAUCCCACACACGACUUGGAAUUAGCAGCAGUGGUUUUCGCUCUCAAGAUCUGGAGACACUACUUAUAUGGAGAGAAGAUACAGAUCUUCACCGACCACAAGAGUUUAAAGUACUUUUUCACUCAAAAGGAGUUGAACAUGAGGCAAAGAAGGUGGCUAGAGCUGGUGAAGGAUUAUGACUGCGAAAUUUUGUACCACCCAGGGAAGGUGAAUGUAGUGGCAAAUGCCCUAAGCAGAAAGGUGGCUCAUUUAGCGGCCCUCAUUACUAGACAGACUCAUUUGUCCAAUGAGCUAGAGCGAGUUGAAAUUGUAGUGGCAGUAGGAAGGUCAUGGCAUAGUGAAAGUCCUGAGGCAGAAGCCAGCAGGCUUGUUACAGUCAUUGAGUGUGCCAGAAUGGAAGUGGGAGCAUGUGUCUAUGGACUUUAUCGUGGGGUUACCACGGACAAUCAAAGGUUUCACGAGUUUGCUUAUAAUAACAGCUACCAGUCCACUAUUGGGAUGUCACCAUUUGAGGCCUUAUAUGGGAAGAGUUGCAGGUCUCCUAUGUGUGAGGAUGAAGUAGGAGAGAAGAAAUUGAUAGUUCCUGAACUAGUGCAGACCCCAAAUGAGGCAAUACAGAAGAUCAGGGCUCGUAUGCAAACAGCUCAGAGCAGACAGAAAAGCUAUGCCGAUGUGAGACGUAAGGACCUGGAAUUUAAAACUGGUGUUAAAGUGUUCUUAAAAGUGGCACGUAUGAAAGGUAUAACUGAGGUUUGGCAGGAAAGGGAAGUUGAGUCCCAGAUUCAUUGGACCUUUCGAGGUCUUGGAACGAGUUGGCACCGUAGCUUACCGUUUGGUAUUGCCUCCAGCAUUAUCUUCAGUUCAUAA